CACGUAUUCUUUUCACAUAACCUAACUUUCCACCGAUUCAUUCGGCAGUGUUGUGCUUGGGUAGGCUUAAGUAAAUUCGUAAAUUCAAAUUUGCCGUCAUACCAUGGGGCACAUUUCCGCACUGAACACUUUCCUAGAUCGGCAUAGAGGGCAGCUUCAAAUAUCCGGAGUUCCAGAGAUCUAUUGGAAAACCCUAUACCAGAAACUGUCGGCUCAAACCUUUGAUGCAGGUAACUCUUUCCAAUUAGUGAAAAUUGAGUAUGAGGAAAAUAGAGAACCCCAUGAGCCAGUUUGGGCAUUACAAGCUCUCGAGGACUUAGACGCAAACUGCUCAGAUCAUAUUUAUUUAAUUGAUCAUGCUUGGACGUAUGAGCCAAGGGAAGCUCGGACCCAUUUACAAUAUGAUGGACUGCGGCUUCGCAUGGCGAAUAUUCUGGGAAUAGACGACAAUUUGCCCACGGAAGAGUUAAUAGACGAGAUAUUUGACAAUAUGUGGAGAGCGAACUGCACAUACAAUGUGAGAACUGUUGGUAAUGCCACUGCACAAAAGUCAAUUUGGUAUGUUAUGGACGAAAUUGGAAGUGCGAUAAAUCACAGCAACUCCCCCAAUUGUAGAGUUGUACCUUUCAUUUACACCAGCGAAGAAAUAUAUUCGCUUCUUUUCUUGAAAUCUGACUUCGAAGAAGGUGAUCUGGCAUAUAGAGACUAUGCUGAAGGCAUUCAAGACCCCAUUUCCAGAAAGGCUUAUCUACUGCCUUGGAUACCUGUUUCCUUUCAACAUUUAGAUGUUGCAACCACAAUUCCGGAUGAAGCUUAUUUUACUGCGGGGCACAUCCCAGAAACUUUACCAAAUAUUGAUUAUUUCAAAAAAGCUUCUCCAAAAAAGGCUAAAUAUCUAUGCUACUCCCAGUACAGUUUGGUCAAUCAGUAUUUAACGGAUCCAAAAUUUGAAACUACUGAUGAUGUAGAUAAGGCAGACAUUUUAUGGUUUACAGAACACUACAAGGAUUACCAGUUGCUUAGCGAGGCUUCUCCGGAUAAAUUCGUUAAUCAAUUUCCCUAUGAGUAUAUUCUUACUGUAAAAGACCUACUGUGCAUUACUUGCAGAAGAUACAAAAACAACACUGGGAAAGCUCCAUGGCUGCCAGUUUCAUACAACUUGGUAAAUGAAGUAGGCAAUUUUGUUAGUUAUUUUGAAAAAUGUGAAGAAAAUGGAAAGGAAAACUAUUGGAUCAUUAAACCAUACAACCUUGCUCGGGGCAUGGACAUCCACAUUACAAACAACUUAAACUACAUAAUGAGAUUGCCAGUUACAGGGCCUAAAAUUGCCCAGGAAUAUCUCAUCAAUCCUGUCCUAUUUUACAGAGAAGAUUGCCAAGGGAAAGUAAAAUUUGACGUGAGAUACGUUAUCCUUUUGAAAAAAGUAAAACCUCUAGAGGUAUAUGUGUAUAAAAACUUCUUUCUCCGAUUUGCAAAUAAGCCUUUUGCGCUAAACGCCUUUGAUGACUAUGAGAAACAUUUUACUGUAAUGAAUUACAACGUAAAUGCCACUUUGAAACACAUGAAAUGCGACGAGUUCCUUACCAAGUGGCAAGAGCAGUAUGCUAAGCAUGAAUGGAACGAAAUUGAAAACAAAAUUUACAGAAUGAUCAGGGAUAUUAUGGAAUGUGCAACUGCAGUUCCGCAUCCUUGUGGAAUCGCACAUAGUCCACAGUCCAGAGCGUUGUAUGCAGUUGAUCUGAUGUUGGAUUGGCUGGAUGGGGAAAUUCAACCGAAAAUUUUGGAAAUUAACUUCAUGCCAGAUUGCGAAAGAGCAUGCAAAUAUUAUGAAAACUUUUACAAUGACAUUUUUAAAUUACUCUUUUUAGAUGAGGAGAAUCAUCAUGUAUUUGUCAAGUUGUAAAUAUUAAUCGUUUUACGGGCAACAAUAAUGUUUAUACGAAAUAGAUCAGGUUAAAAUUAUUAAGUCUAAUGUAAGACGUAAGACAAAAACAGCAAAUACUUUUGUUAUAUGUGCUUAAAUCCAUACAAUUUAAGUAAGUUUUUAUAAGUGCUUUAUAAUUCGCAUUACUAAGUAGAAUUUUUAAAUAUUGAAAACUAAGCAUUAUGAAUUUAUGUAAUUUUGUAACUCAAAUUGCUUAAUUGUAAUUAAAAUCGUGGCCUAACUCAAGCAAAGGAAAUAUAUAUUUUACAACAGAGAGACAUUUUCCAAAUAAAGAUUUUACAAAAGAAAA